AUGUCUUAAUAAUAAUAGUAGUCGUAGAUAAGAAAUCAUUUCCUUGAUAAGAAACUUAUUGGAACAUUAUUUGAAGAAGAGGAAAUAACCAAAAAGGAUAAUUUCUAUAACAUGGAGGCUAGAGAUGAAAAGGGACAUAAGAGAUUUCAUGGAGCCUUUGAAGGUGGAUUUGAGGCUGGGUUUAAGAACACAGUUGGUUCUAAAUAAGGAUGGGCUCCAUAGAAAUUUAUAUCCACAAGAACAAAUAGAGGUAUUAAAGAUAAGUUAAAUUAGCAAAAUACAAUAAUUAAUCAAUUAAGGAUUAUAUGGAUGAAGAUGAUAUAGGAAGAUAAAAGCUAGGAGUUAAUGUUACGAUUUAAUCAGAAUAUGAUACAUUUGGUUAGAAUGAGAUCAACUUUUUACAGCAGCAAUUAGGAUCUGGAUCUGGGUAUAUUGAAUGCACUUUAAGUUAAGAUGGCUCUAAGGAUCAGCACCAGAGGAAUUGAUUUACAGAGACAAUAAGUCAGUGGGUUAUUAAGUACUUAUGCGAUUAAGGAAAUAAAUGAUCAAAAAGAGAAAUACAAAUGUUGAACAAUAAAAACAAGAACCUUCUUAAGGUUAUAAUUUAAAAUAUCUAAAUUAAACUAAUAAUUAAUACACUGGAUUAGGUUAUAAAUAAAAUAUAGAUACAUUUGGUAAUCCCUCAAAUCCCUUAGAAUAAGCAUUUUGGACUUUUAUUAAAUAAAAUGCUUCUAUUAUAAUUGAUGAAGAUGAAGAAAAGAGAAAAAAAGAUAACAGAAUCAAAAUGAAUGGAUUUACAUCUUAAGAUAAGGAAGAAGAAUGUAAAUAAAAAUUUAUAAUUUAAGAUAACAAUACAAUUGAAGAUGAUGAUGAACCUUAUUAAAAUAAAAGGAAAUAAGUUAAGGGGGCUCUAGAUAUUGGUAUGAGAUUUACUAAAGACAUCAUUCCAUUAAGAAUAGAUACUAAAGAUUAUCUAAUUAAUGUUCCUGAAGAUUAUGAUCCAUAUCAUAAAGCUAAGAAACUAUUGGAUUAAGGAAAAGAUUAUUCUUUUCUUUUUAUCAAUAAGACAAAUUUUAAAAAGCCUGCAUCUAGUUCAAAGAGGGAAGAAAUAUUUAGAGAAGAAGAAACUGGUAAUUAAUUUAUUAUAAAAUUUAAUAGCUAGUUCUAUUAAAAGAGACAUAAGCAAAUAAAAGUUUGUCAAAGGAAUCAAUUAAACAAUGCUUGUUGGAUAGUAACCUAAUUAAUAGGAUAAAAAUGAAAGUUAAGAUAACAUUAAUAUUUUAAAUUUAUUUCCUCAUUAACCUGAUAAAUAAUAAAGAUAUGCUAAUUUUGUUAUGCAAAAAUUAAAUAAGACAACUGAAUAAUAAAUAUAAUUAGAUGAGGAAGAAAAAAUUGAUUUUGAAAGGCUUUAUUAAAUGUUUUAAGUCACCUCAAAGAAUGUUAUUGAAAAAAAAUAAGAACCAUAAAAACCAAUAGAAUAAUAAGAAAAACCUAAUCCUUUUUUGAGUUAGAGAGUGCAUAAGAGGUGGAUUCCAGAAGAUUUAUUUUGUAAGAGAAUGGGAGUUCCUUAACCAUAUAAUGAUGAUGAAAAAACUAUGAUAGAGAAAAUUAAUGAAAGAAGUCAUCAAAAACCAAAUAUGGCAACUAAUAAUAGAAACUUCUUGUUUAUGGAUAAAAAAGAGUAUUUAUUAUGAUUUUAAUAAUUUUAGAUUCAAAUCUGGUGGUUUCAUGCAACCAUAAGAAUAUACUUAAUCCUAAGCUUAAUUUGAUCCAGUUGCUUUAGGUUUACCAUUAUCAUUUAAAUCACACUCAUAUGAAAGAAAUCAACAAGAACGACUAUUAUAACUAGAGAAUAUGGAAAGAUCUCAGACAUAAGUAGUGACUAAAUAAGAGAAAAGAAACAUAAAAUUCUCUGAAGAUAAGGAGGAUAUGCUGCCUAGUAGAAUUUAAGAUCAAAAUAUAUUCGAAUUGAUAUUUGGAGAUGAUGAAGAGGAAGAUUAAUAGUGA